GCUCCAUGGCCGCCCAAGCUCAUCCCGCCUAGCCAAGCCCCACGCUGCAGGACGAGCCAGACCCUAUUCAGCGCUACGCCUGGGCCGAACCUCCAGGAAUUGCCGUUUUGUCGCUGGAACAAUCUGCCCCGAGCCUCCUCCUACGCUGGAUGUAUUUUUCCACAUACGCUGUUUGGCACCCUGCCCUGCCUGUCGCUCUCGCUCUCCUCCUCCUCCUCUCACUUCCCGCCGUCGCUCGUCCCGCCGCCGCACUGCUCAAGAUUGGUUGGCUGGGAAAAUGAGAAUGCAACCCCAGGCCCAGGUCCUGUCCUGAAAGCUCCACACUUACUGCCUCUGCAGUGCACCUCAGACUUUCUUUUCCUCACGCACCUCAACCUACAUACCUCACCUCACUUCGAACUCCUUUGAGCCCUGCCCUAUCCUCCCCAGGGUCACAGACGAGACAAAUCACCGCCGGCGGAAUUCCAAUGUACCUGCUGCUGUCUGGCAUUCCACAUCCAGCCUCGACUCGACUCGCAACGGAAACAUCCCCCUCUCGUUCAGUGAGCCUCUCAAUCUAGAAUCCUCCCCCACUACCCACCACGCAUGUCUGCGACUGGCCUACGACGCAGGAUCACGGGUGCCAUGUACAGUAGCAGAUAUCACUAUCAGACACAAUCGACCAGGGAGCCAAUUGUUAAACCUAGCUUGCGAUAACUGGCCACUUAUAAGUGUGAAGCGGCAGACCUUCAACUGCCCAUCCUGUAUCGAGGGAGCGAAACGCCCAUUACCUUUUGCGCCGCGACCCUCCCCCGCCCAAGUAACCACCCACGCAAACUAUCCGACACACCGACUGGCAGUCUGGACAUGUGAGGAGGCCGCUGGACUUUCUUUCCUCUCUUGCGACAUCGUUCUCGAAUACUAGCUCCCUCUCCUACAACAGAGGCGGAACUUUCAGAGACUCGAGAUAUUUCUCCAGAAAGAGUAGGGGUGUAUACUGGCAGUCAUGGCGACCAAGCAACUCCAGUCCAUGCCGACGCCGGCGAGGCCAAAGAGCACGAAUGGGGUCAUCAAUGUGGCCAAGGCGAGCACAGGAGAUAAUCGCAUUGUGGUCAUCAUCUACGGGCAAGGCCAGGAGAAGAUCGUCGCUGUCUUUGCCGAUGUACUUGGGAAACCGUUUCGGCUGGCCCCAAGCUUUUCAGAUGUCGGAGAGGACGACCAUGGGACCGUCAUAGGAGUUGCGACGAGCAAUGCAAAGGCCGAUAUUGGCAGUAGGAACAAGACGCUCAUGGUGGCCAUCAACGCGCAUUGUGUGAACUUGGGAAUGCCGCCAGACGUCGAUCUCUCAGCUGCCUCGGACUACGAAUUCUUGUAUACAGAAACACCAUUUUUCCGGAGAGAUCUUUCACGCUUCAUUGCAUUUACACUCGGUCAGAUCAGUCAUCAUGAAGCGCUCAUCACGAAACCGAGAACAUAUUUCAUUUCAACUACGUUUCCCGAUGUCCGGACGGCUCUUUCGAAUCUGGAUAUUCUUUCUGUUGGAUCUGAUGCUGUGGAGAUACGAGUUGAUCUCCUGAAGGAACCUUUACCGGAUGGAACUUACAGCUCUGUUCCAAGUAUGAGUUAUGUAGGGGAGCAGGUCAUGCUUCUGAGGCAACGGACUGAACUUCCCAUUAUUUUUACCACACGUUGUACACGUGAAAAUGGACGAUUUCCGAUGGAUAACCCGGAACUGUACUAUGAGUACCUUUACCGAGCCAUCCAGUGGGGUUGUGAAUACAUUGAUGUGGAAGUCUGGUUACCAGAGGACAUCAGACGGAAAUUAUACGAGCAGAGAGGCAACAGUCGUAUCAUUUCGGCCUUUCACGAUUUUUCCGGGACUUUCAAAUGGCCCUCACCUCAAGCUCAGUCGAUUUUCGAGGAGUCAAGGAAGUACGGAGAUAUUGUCAAGAUGAUCACAAUCAUCAACUCAAUGUCUGAAAAUUAUGAGCUGGAAUACUUCCGCUCACAGAUCAAAGCAAAUAAUCCAGAUGGACCACCACUAUCGGCCGUCAACAUGGGUCAACUCGGCCAACUCUCACGAGCACUCAACACAGUCUUCAGCCCCAUCACCCAUCCUCUACUCCCCAUUGUAGCAGCCCCAGGUCAAAUGAGCGCUUCAGAAAUCAACGGAGCACUUAGCACAAUGGGCCAACUCCCCAAGAAGAACAUCUACGCCAUCGGCUCCUUCCGCUCAACACCCCAAGCGACCUUCUUCGAGAAAUGCUUCAACGAGCUCGGCCUCCCCCACAACUUCCAAUCCGUCGACCGAGGCGUCAGAGGCUCCGUCGAAGCCUUCUGUCUCCAGCCCAACUUCGGCGGCGCAUACAUCAACCCGCCUCUCCAAGCCUCCCAGCCCUACAUCCCGCACCUCACCGACGCCGCGCGCACCAUCGGCGCCGUCGACACCAUCGUCGUGCGAGGCGACGGCGCCGCGUCAUCCAGCUUCGUCGGCGACAACGCAACGUGGAAAGGUAUCCGCGCGACGCUCACCCGCGACUUUGCUCCCUCCGCGUAUAGAGACCGCGCGGCCAUCAUCCUUAGCAGUAACGGCGAGGAUGCCGCGAGCAUCAUCUUCGCGCUCCGCAGCCUCAAUAUCGGCAAGAUCUACACCGUUGGGUUUAAAGCCCACGGACCCCUCGCGGCUGGUAUCGAACCAUUUACAUCCAUCGAGUCGGUCUCGCGCGUCGAGCACCCCUUUGCUAUCAUCUCCGCGCUUCCACCUGAGAAGAGCCAUCUUGUUCAGCCGCUGCUCAGACAUUUCAGUAAUGGGAAGAGUUACCAGAAUGGUUAUGGCAAUGGGGGCGGGACUGGGAGUGGGAGUUCGUCGCCGGGGAGGGAUGGUGGCAAGGGCAAGGUUUUUGUGGAUCUGGCGAAUGGGCCGAGGAAGAGUGAUCCGCUGGCUGUGGCGGAGCAGAGUGGCUGGACGGCGUAUGGGGUUGCGGAUACGAGUGCGUUUACGACGGUCGAGACGCUGAGGUUGUUGGUUGGGCAGAAUGUGCCGUAUAGUUUUGUUAGGUUGGCGAGUGGGAGGGGGUUGUAUUGAAGUUGGUGAGGUGGGUGGACUAACUAACUUGGCUGGCUUGGUGGUAUUCGGCGAGGAUUGUUGGAAGGAGAUGAGUAUGGGGGGUUGAGAUUCGGAUUGGGAUGCCUCGCUGUGCCAUGUCUUGCCAUCAACAUAUACUUGGCUUGGUGGUGCUUGACUUGGCGAUGGAACCUAUCUUAUCCACGUGUGGCGUUUGUAUCUACCCUUGCUGGCGUUGAGGUUGGUUGUCUUUUUUUGGGUUGCCGCCUGCUCAUUCAUGGAUGGUGAGGAGGUAGAUUUGUCUCUGCUUUUACUCUUUUAGAUGUGGACUGGUUUAGGGGCGGGAUAUGUGUACCUUGGCCUUGGCUACGGAGCAUGUUGAUUAGGUGGGGAAGUAGCGCAGGGAGGUGAGCAAUCUAAUGCGAUGCGAUGGGAUGGGAUGCGAUGCGAUGGGAUGUGAUGUGAUGCGAUAGGAUAGCAGGUGGUAAGUAGUAAGUAGUAAGUACUAGGUAGCAAGUAGCAGAGAUAUAUGGAUAUGGAUAAGGAUAUGGAUACGUGUAUGCAAUGCAAUGCAAUACAAUGCAAUACAAGAACGCAAAUGACUCAACUAGUAAACACUCAAUUGCAUCUUACGGAG